CAGCAACAGCAGAGACGUGGCCGUCGUUGCGGCUGUUGCGUUCAAGUGGCGAAUUGUCCCGUCUGGAGGCAGAGAGGGCGAAGUUUCACUCUCUGCAUUGCAGCCUGAGCGCUGCUGCUGGAAUUCAACACAACAAUGGCGACUCCCAGUCCUAACAGCAACUCCACUAGCUCUAGCAACAACAGCAACAUCGUAGGAUCAACGUCGCACCAACUCCACCAGCAAACACAGAGCAGCAGCAUGCAAGAAACCAACACCUGCUGGAGAUGUCAAAAUGAAACAGGGUUUCAGAUAAGCCUGUCUGGAAUACCCCAAAGUAAACGCAAAGCUCUGAAACUGAAUUUUGCCAACCCUCCAGUGAAACCGGCUUCCAGGCUCCCACUCAAUCCAACAGUUCCCUCUUUCCAGAACCCUCACAUAGAGCGCCUACGGACACACAGUAUUGAGUCAUCUGGGAAGCUGAAGAUCUCCCCUGAGCAGCACUGUGACUUCACUGCAGAGGAUCUGAGAGACCUUGGUGAGAUUGGCCGUGGGGCGUAUGGCUCCGUCAACAAGAUGGUCCACAAACCCACAGGCCAGAUCAUGGCUGUCAAGAGGAUUCGCUCCACUGUGGAUGAGAAGGAGCAGAAGCAGCUGCUGAUGGACCUUGAUGUAGUGAUGAGGAGUAGUGACUGUCCCUACAUUGUGCAGUUCUAUGGCGCCCUCUUCAGGGAGGGGGACUGUUGGAUUUGUAUGGAACUUAUGUCUACCUCAUUAGACAAAUUCUACAAAUAUGUAUAUUGUGCAUUAGAUGACGUCAUUCCAGAGGAAAUAUUAGGCAAAAUAACAUUAGCAACCGUUAAAGCACUGAACCACUUAAAAGAAAACUUGAAAAUAAUUCACAGAGACAUCAAACCUUCCAACAUUCUUAUGGACCGAAAGGGGAAUAUCAAACUGUGCGAUUUUGGCAUUAGCGGCCAGCUGGUGGACUCCAUAGCCAAGACCAGAGAUGCAGGCUGCAGGCCUUACAUGGCACCUGAAAGGAUAGACCCCAGUGCUUCUAGACAAGGCUAUGAUGUCCGGUCCGAUGUAUGGAGUUUGGGAAUCACCCUGUAUGAGCUGGCAACAGGAAGAUUCCCCUACCCUAAGUGGAAUAGUGUUUUCGAUCAGCUGACGCAGGUGGUAAAAGGCGAGCCUCCCCAGCUCAGCAACUCAGAGGAGAGGCAGUUCUCCCCCAAGUUCACCAACUUUGUUAACCUAUGCCUUACAAAGGAUGAAUCAAAAAGGCCAAAGUACAAGGAGCUUCUGAAACACCCUUUCAUUCUGAUGUAUGAGGAGCGUUUUGUGGACGUCGCCAGCUAUGUGUGUCGCAUUCUGGAUCAGAUCCCUGCCUCUCCUAUCUCGCCCAUGUAUGUCGACUGACAGUUAGUCCAGUGAGGGUUGGGGGAGGGGGGUCAUUAGCCAACAGUGGGUUGGACACCAAGUUUUGUGACGCGACGUUUGACAUCUUAGCCCUAAGAGUUAGGUGGGAUCACCAGUUUUUUUUUUUGUUUUUUUUUUUC